GCUAAUUAAAAUUGUUAUUACCAAACAAAGCCUAUAUUAAUUUAACUCGGUAUUAUACUAUCCCCUUCCUGAAUUAUUCGUCGAGAUUUGAUUUUACAAAAUUUAAGAAAAAUAUUAAAAAAUAAAAGAGUGAGAGUUUAAAAUUUAUUUAGAGGAAAUAGACACUUGGAGGACUAUAUAUUGUUUACUUUAUUAAGAAAAUUUGACUCUUUGACACUGUCGUGUACAACUGAACUGCAAAAAAUUUUUGGCGUCCUCCGUGAGAAAUGUCAUUGACAACAAAAACCAAACACCUUACAGGUGCCACUUCCCUCCGCUCAUUUUCCCGUCUCUUCCACCUCAAACGCCGCCACUCCCUUCCGCCGGCGGGGUCCGGCCCGCCGCUGCAUCAAGACCCACAUAGCCUCCUCAAGGAAGACCCCAUUGAAGUCCUCUCCAACCUCUGGGCCAAGACCUUCUCCCAGCCGGGAAAGCCCUUCUCCAACCUCGCCGGCUUCCUCUCCAAGCUCGAUCUCUGGGUCCUCGCCUACCAGCGCACCUGCGCCCACUUCACCGGCUCCUUCCCUCCCCGCAAUGCGAUCCACGCCCGUGUCCUCUCCGAUCUCGUCUCCCUGCGGAACGCGGUUGUUUCCGGCGACUUCAUCUGGAACGACAAGGCGCGUCCCGUGAUUCGAGGCCCGUACGAGAGGCCGGUCUCGGCGCUCUCCCGCCGCCAGCUCGAUUCGCUCCUCGCCUCCAAAGCCCCGCCUUUUCAGGACCAGGUAGUUCAGGAAACCCUUCUGAUGAUUCUCGAGCCGAUUUUUGAGCCGAUUUUCUCCCCUAAGUCCCACGCUUUUCGCCCUGGCAGGAACCCCCACACCGUGAUUCGGACAAUCAGGAGUAACUUCGCGGGCUAUCUCUGGUUCUUGAGAGGUGACAUCAGCGAAAUUUUCGACAGUGUCGAUGCGAACGCAGUGAUGGGUUGUGUGGGAAAAGUCUUGAAAGAUAAGAAAGUUUCAAACUUGAUCAAGUCCGGAUUAAGGGCUUCUGCCUGCACCCGAACCAGAGAUGAACAGGAGGAGCAGAAGAUGGACAAGAAGAAGAUGAAAAAACUCAAGACCAAGAAAAGGAUACUGAAAGCCAAUGAGCCAAAACCAGACCCUUAUUGGCUGAGGACCUUCUAUGAUUUUUCUCCUGAAGAGGCUGCAAAGAUACCAAACUAUGGUCACUGUGGGAUUCUCAGUCCAUUGCUAGCAAACGUUUGUCUCAACGAGCUGGAUCGUAUGAUGGAGGAGAAGAUAGCCGAGUUCUUUAGACCCUGCGAGCAGGACACCAUUUGGAGACACUCCAUUGAUGAUGGGUGUCACAACCCAUCUUGGCCCGAGUUUGUCCCUUCGCGUGGGAAAGGAAGGACCAAGAAGAUGGACUACAUCCGUUUCGGAGGACAUUUCUUGAUCGGCAUUAGAGGUUCCAGACAAGACGCCGUGGGCAUUCGCAAGGGUAUAAUCGACUUCUGCGAGAACGAAUAUGGGAUAAGACUGGACAAUUCGAAGAUUGAAAUCGAGCACGUGAGCCGAGGGGUUCAGUUCUUGGACCACAUAAUCUGUCGUCGCGUAAUAUACCCGACCCUCCGUUACACGGCUUCUGGUGGGGCCGUUGUGAGCCAGAAAGGCGUAGGGACUCUUCUCUCAGUCACUGCCAGCUUGCAUCAGUGCAUUCGACAGUUCAGGCGACUCAGGCUUGUGAAGGGGGAUAAAGACCCAGAGCCACUCCCUUGCACACCAAUGCUCUAUUCAGGGCAAGCCCAUACCAAUGCCCAAAUGAACAAGUUACUUGAAACCCUCGCAGACUGGUACAUGUUUGCAGAUAACAGGAGAAAAGUUGUGGGCUUUUGCGCGUACGUCGUCCGUAGCUCCCUGGCUAAGCUGUACGCCGCGAGGUACAGGCUGAAGUCGCGCGCCAGGGUGUACGGGAUCGCUUCGCGCGACCUGAGCCGUUCGUUGAGGGAGCACACGAACAGGUCUGCGCCAGAGUACUCUGAUCUCCUGAGGAUGGGACUGGUUGACGCCAUUGAAGGGGUCCAGUUCUCCCGCAUGUCAUUCAUCCCUCCGUGCGACUACACGCCGUUCCCGAGGAAGUGGGCCCCGCAGCACGAGAGGGUGUUGAAGGAGUAUGCCAGGCUGCAAGACCCCAAGUUCUUCUGUGAGCUGCUCAAGUCAGUGAAGAGGAGGAGGUCUCUGUCUUUGCCUCAAGAUGAGGUGUCUGGAAUUGUUUGGGACUACAAAACACUCGGGGUUCAAAGCAGUCGGUUCGUUGGCAUUGAGGGAAAAGUGUUAUAAAGUGUGGGAAUUGUCCUAUUGUUUUUCACUUAUCCAUAAUGGGUGUUUUCACCAUGGAAACUUUGGGUUCAGAAAUGUGGUAUGAGUCUACAUCACUUUGUAGAGUUCAACUGAGGUUGGAUUUCUUCCCUUACUAGGCCAAAAAAAGUUAGAAAUUUAGUAAAGAUUAAAUGGGUAU